UCAAGUUCUGUGGAUGCAUGUGUCAAGUAGUCAAAAGUAUUUACGUAUUGAAAUAAUUUACAAAUUUACGUGUGAUCCUGAUGUGGCAGAGCUGAGUCAUAAAAAUUUUGGAAUUAUUUUUAAGCUAUGAGUUGAUAAUACUUCCCCGUUGCUAAAAUGGCUUAUCAAACUUUUCGAAAUGAAUAUAUGAAUAUGCCCCCUGUUACAAGGGCUUAUACUACUGCUUGUGUAAUAACAACCCUAGCAGUGCAAUUAGAGUUAGCUUCACCUUUUCAAUUAUACUUCAAUCCAAUACUAAUUUUGAAGCAGGGUCAAGUAUGGAGACUAGUAACAACGUUUCUAUUCUUUGGAGUUUUUGGUUUCAAUUUCUUCUUCAAUAUGAUAUUCACAUAUAAGUAUUGUAGGAUGUUAGAAGAAGGGUCAUUCAGAAAUAGGACAGCCGAUUUUGUGAUGAUGUUUCUAUUUGGGGCCUCGUGUAUGAUUAUAUUUGCUUUCUUUGUUAACUUACUGUUUCUUGGUCAAGCCUUCACUAUAAUGUUGGUAUAUGUUUGGGCCAGAAGAAAUCCAUAUGUACGAAUAAAUUUCUUCGGACUUUUGAAUUUUCAGGCUCCGUACAUGCCGUGGGUUCUGCUUGGUUUUUCUCUUUUGCUAGGAAAUGCAGUCUAUGUUGAUUUAACAGGUAUAGCAGUAGGUCACAUUUAUUUCUUCAUGGAAGACGUUUUCCCAAACCAGCAAGGAGGUUUCAAGAUUUUGAAAACUCCCACUUUUCUAAAAAUGUUAUUUGAUCCUCAUCCAGAAGAUCCUGAUUAUGAACCACUUCCAGAGGAGAGACCAGGUGGUUUUGAAUGGGGUAAUAGGCAAAACCGUAAUGAAAACCAAGAGAAUGAUUGAAGUGAUAAAAAAAAACAUGUAAUAUAUACCAAUGAAUUAUAAUUAACUGAUAUAUAGAUGUUCAUUUUUAAUAUGUUCAUAUAAAAUGUUCUGUUACACAAACUAUUCUUCUUAAUUUUUAUUGUUUAAUAUGUAUACCCACCUUCAAAAAAAAUAAUAAGACUGAAACUGA